AUGUCUUUGAUAAAUACAAAAAUAUUAAAAGUGAAACCAGAGGCAAUAAUAUUUGACAAGAAUGAUGUGCUACCGACAAUAACGAAUGAAGAAACUGAGAAAAACUUGAAUAUAGCAGCAAAUGAGUUGAUAAAUACUAAUAAUGCAAUUGGAUUCCCAACUGAAACCGUUUAUGGAUUAGCAGGGUCUGCAUUAAAUGAUGCAUCAGUAAAAUCAAUAUACAAAGCUAAGAAUAGACCAGCUGAUAACCCUUUAAUAGUACAUAUAUCAUCAAUUGAUCAAUUAAAGAGAAAAUUAUAUAAUCAAGAAAUACCCAAAAUAUAUCAACCUUUAAUAGAGAAAUUUUGGCCGGGGCCAUUAACAAUAUUAUUACCAAAUAAUCCAAAAGAAAGUCCAAUAUCGUCAUAUGUCACUGCUAAUCAAGAUACUUUUGCCGUUAGAAUGCCUAAACAUCCAGUUGCAAGAGCUUUAAUUGCAAUUAGUGAUAUUCCCGUAGCUGCUCCAUCAGCAAAUGCAUCUACUAAACCUAGUCCAACAUUAGCUCAACAUGUAUAUUAUGAUUUAAAUGGGAAAAUACCUUUAAUUCUAGAUGGUGGCGCAUGUGAUGUGGGUGUUGAAUCAACUGUUAUUGAUGGAUUAAGUAAUCCGCCAAUGUUAUUAAGACCAGGUGGUAUUUCAUUAGAACAAAUAAAAGAAGUAGGAGGUGAAAUUUGGAAAGAUAUAAUAGUGGUUAAAAGAACAGCAGAAAAAUCUGAACCUGUCAAGACACCAGGUAUGAAAUAUAGACAUUAUUCACCAAAUGCAAAAGUUGUAUUAUUUAUAAAUUGUAAAAAUGGUAAAAAUGCAAUUGAAGAGUAUAUAAAAAAGAAUCAAUUACAAAAUAAAAACAUUGCAUUAUUAAAAUCAAAAUAUUUUGAAGAUUACCCUGGCUUAAUUAAUAAAAAUCUUGGUACAUCGGGCCAUGAAAUAUCGCAUAAUUUAUUUAAAUAUUUAAGAGAAGUUGAUGAAGAGUUAAAAGUGGAUUUAAUUAUGGUUGAAGGUAUUGAUGAAACUGAAGAAGGUUUAGCUAUAAUGAAUAGAUUAAAUAAAGCUGCAAUGGAAGUUAUAAAAAAUUAG